AUGGAGGCUGGACACGUGUUUGUCGAAAAUGUCUGGGAUGUAAUGGCUGCAAACUUUCGAAUGGCGAGAUUGAUGAAUGUAGAAAUAUAUUCACGACUUCUGGAAACGUUUCGAGUUACUGAGACCAUCGGUUGUCGACCCGGUAUACCACCUAGGUCCUAUGGAGUUGAUAUUCUAAAUAGACGGUGCGACUGCAAGAGGUUCGAAACACUUCAUUAUCCAUGUGCGCAUGUCGCGGCAGUGUGUGCUAAAGUGAACCUUAAUGUUGAACAAUUUGUCGAUAAUGUGUACACGCUCGAGCGCACAUUGCGUGUCUGGGAAAAUGAGUUCCCCGUCCUGCCUGACCUGUCUACGUGGGAGGUGCCUCCGACGACUUUUGAGCUUGUCCCAGACAGAGGGAUACGCAGGAAUCCAAGAGGUCGUCCUCAAUUAUCUAGAAUUGUAACAGCCUGA